AUGAUAGGUAGAAUUAACAAUGAGUAGAGUGCUGAAGUUGCGAUUUAAUUAACUGCAAUAGGAGUCUGCACAUUUGCAUAAAUUACCUCUACCACUUAAUCAAACAUAGAAUAUUUUUUAAAUAGUGGAAGCUAGAGUUUUACUUUAGAUAAUUUUAACAUCAAUACAACUAGCUGUCCAAUUACAUAUACUUUAACAAAAAUUAGUUCUGCUGCUAGUUCUAAUUUUUUCACCUUUACCAGUUCAUCAAGGAAUUUGAUCAUUUAAACAACUUUAGUAAGUGACAUUGGAACAUUUAUUUUCGAACUAAAGGGCAAAAAUCCUACAGGAUCAUCUCAGGCAACAUAACAGCUUAGCAUUUAAAUCAAGCAUGAGUGUGAGGAUGAUGAAAUUACACCAUCAACAGUUCUUCCUUAAUAUAAUUAUCUUAUUGAAUCAGGGUUAGCUUAAUCUUAGUUCACUUUAAGUUGGACACACACUAAUUCUUAAUGCGGAAGUAUAAUAACGUAUUAAGUGGUAAAUCAGGCAAAUAACUCAACCAUUGAUGCUAUAUUCUAUAUAGAAGAUAGCAUAUUUUACGUUUUUACAACUGAUGAGCUAAAGAUUGGUACUUAUAAUCUUAGGAUUAUUGCAGGAACAGCUUAUAAAUCACUGAUACAAAAUUUUAUUGUAGUUGUAGAAACAGAUUGUCCCAAUGCUGUAGUCACUUCAGAAACCAUAAUUGAUAAGACAUAUACUUUAGGCAGUCCGAUUUAGACUUUUUAAUUUAUAUGUUGGGGUCUCUCUUAGCCAGAGUGUGGUCCUAUAGUAUAUACUUUGCUUAUUGAUAGUUCUCCAAAACCCUCUUGGGUUUCAUUUGAUUCUACUUCUCGUACUAUAAGUUUUGAAACUAGUGACUCAUCUGCAACUGGCACUAAGAUUUUUCAGAUUACAGGGACAACUACUAUCAGCAGUAUUUCCUAACGUGAAAUUUUUCAAGUAGAGUUCAUUAAUCCUUGCAAUUCAGUAAUACUCAGUUUGUCAAAUACAAUCAGUAACCAAGUUAUCUACCUUAAUGAAAGUCCAGUAAAAACUCUAGCAUUGCCAGCAAUAACACAAUCUUCAAGCACUAUUGAUUGUGGAUUGAUCAUUCAGACUAUUACGACAGAUUAAAACAAUCCUGUAGAUUCAAACAUUUUCACAUAUCAUUUAUCUAACAAUAGCAUUACAAUGUUUUCCAAAGAUAAAACUAAAAUGAUUUAUUCACCAUUUAAAGUCAAAGUAGUUAAUAGGCUUUAAGCUUACCCAGCUAUAUCUUAAACUUAUUAGUUUUCAGUUUCCUUGUUAAUUGAUUGCUAAUUCGAUUAUUUGACAGCCUCUACAGUUUAAAGUGUAACCUAUGUAGUUAAAGACCAAUAUUCGAUGAAGCUAUCAGACUAUAUCUAAUCUUUUCUUAGUGACCAUUGUGGUACUAUUUCAUAGUAUUAAUGCACUGAUGAAUUCACUCUCUUAGAUUGUGCAAACAAUCAUAUGAUAACAUUCAACACUAAUUCAGGAUUACUAAUAAUAGAGACAUAGGAUGCAAAUAAGGUAGGAAUUUAUAAACUUUAGAUUGUUGCAACACAUAACAAUAAACAAGCUACAUAAAGUGUCAAUAUAGCAGUUACCAAAGAUUGUAGAAGUGCAGUAAUAACUAAAUCUGCUUUAUCUGCUCUUAGUUUUGACAUAAGUAAUGGAACUAAAAAUUACAUUACUGACAUACCAUGGACUAAUGACAUGAUUGCAUGA